AUGGAGAGUACACGACUAAAGGCAAUGAUUACUCUGACAAUGGUGAUUUCUAUUGGGGAAUGGAUGUUUGAGGAGAGUAAGGACGCAUCCGUGAAUAGGAAAUGUGAUGUUCUGAAAUCCGUGCUGCUACUAAUUAUGAAAGAUGAAAUUGAUAUCCCUGAUGAGCUGGCAACAAUGAUAGGAAAAAAAAAAUAUAUAGUUCAAGGUAAAAAGGAAAAGGGCAAAACAAAUUUGUUUCUAUUUGGAAUAAAAAAGAGAAUGAGAUUGACCGAAAAAGUCCAAAGUGUUGGGAUUAUUAUGUUGUAUACUAAAAGGCCUUUAUCGGGCGGAAUCCACCCCAGAGCAAAAGCCUCCCCAUUAAGAGAUGCUGACUCUGGGCCUAAAGCCUCCUCGUUAAGAGAUGCCGACUCUGGGCUUAAGCCUCCUCGUCGAUAG